CAACAAAAAAAAUUUAGUGCACUGAACACGAUAUUAUUUUUGACAAUUCGAAUGGUGCAAUAAGGAAUUUAUUUAUUUUAUUUAUAAAGUCACUAGUCAAUCAAUCGGUCGCGCAGAUCGAAUCUGUGUUUAUUGAAUUUCAUUAAUUGCCAGGGCCACUUUAGCAUUUUACCGAACAAUUUAAUAGAAAGUGAGUCAGUGCAAUUUGCUGGUCUAUGUAAAUUCGAUUGAACCAUUCGACUGGAAUAAUUGAUUGAAUGAGAACGAAAAUUCUAAGAAAAUAAUCAAGAAAAUGCGUGUAAACGGACAAUCAAAGGUGAAUCAGAAAAUCUAUCGACGAUGAGUAGUUUUAUUUGAUUAGAAUAAAUUAAAAGACGAUUCUUCCACACACGCAAAUACCGCGAAUGUAUUGUUGAUAAACGCAUCAAAUUGAAACAAUUUUUGUUUUUGAAAAUAAAUAGAGAAAAAAAAGUUUCGUGUAAUCAAAGUGGUUAGAACGCAUUAAUUGGUCUGUUGUAAUAGUUUACGUUUAUAAAAUAAUCAAAAACAACAAUUUUAAGUUACUGGUGGUUAUGAUUGUGACGAAAUACGUAGACGGAAAUAGAAUAUAAAAUUCUUAUACAAAAUGGGUAUGUGUUUGUGCAAGGACAAGGUGGAGGAAGCGCCAUAUGAAAAUGGUACUGGUACGAACAGCGACAAUAAUCGUCAAAUUAAUCGUGGAGACAGAAUGAUUUCGUUAUCAGAAACAGUUGACCGAUUAGUCAAAGAAACACUAGAAGUGAUCGGAACAAUAGUCGACAAUGAGCCGGAUCCACCGACUUCGAUGAUUCAACUGCACGAGAUCACCGACAAACCUACCGGAUGGAUCCAAUUGGUCAAAUCACUAGUUCGUGUCGUUCCCAUCGAACAUCCAAUGGGGCCGAGUGUCAUUACAUUAUUGUUGGACGAUAGUCCGUUACCCACCAAAGACUCUGUGUUAGAAGUGGCAGAUAUGAUAACACAUUCGCUGAGACGAACGCCGAGAAAGGAACGAAAUUUGUGUGUAAUUUUAGGCUGUUUGGCAGAAAAAUUAGCUGGACCCAGUAGUGUUGCGGUAUUGUCGGAGACGACACUAGGAUAUUUGCUUGGAAAUUUGGACGAAGGAAUCUACCCGGACGUUAUGCUAUUCUCUUUGAUAGCAUUGGAGAAAUUUGCACAAAAAAGUGAAAAUAAGGCGACAAUUAAGCGUAAAUUAUCCAUGUUUCCGGAGAAUCCCCUAGUUAGACUUGAACGGCAUUCGAAUAGCGAAGAUUAUGUGUUGAGACAAGUUGGAUAUUGUGCAAAAUGGUGUUUGGACAACUACUUUGUAAUCGAAGGACGAAAGUAUUCUUAUGAAACGGUCGAUGUUAGCAACGUAAAUGUUAUGUUGAAUACGAAAGACGUAUCGGAAUACUUGAAAAUCUCUCCAGAUGGCCUUGAAGCUCGCUGUGACGCCUAUUCGUUCGAGAGUGUAAGGUGUACUUAUCAGGUGAAUUUGGGGUGCUGGUACUUUGAGUGCUUAAUAAUAACGCCAGGAGUUAUGCAAAUUGGAUGGGCGACAAAAGACUCAAAUUUCUUGAGCCAUGAGGGCUAUGGAAUUGGUGACGAUCAAUACUCCAUUUCGUUUGACGGAUGUCGGCGCCUAAUAUGGCACAAUGCUAAAUCACUGUCUCAUGAUCUACCCAUGUGGACUGGUGGAUCAAUACUAGGCUGUUUGUUGGAUUUGGAUGCCCGAGAAGUGAUAUUCAGUUUGAAUGGCAUCGAAGGUGGUGUGUUGAAGCAAGUGUUUGGAAGUGCACGUGACGGUUUCUUUGCUGCGGCAUCCUUCAUGUCGUUCCAACAAUGCCGUUUCAAUUUUGGCUCCGAACCAUUUAGAUAUCCACCGAAAAAUCGAGCCUUUGACAGUUUUAAUGGGCAUGCUGUAUUGAAACCGCAAGAUAAGAUCGUUCUUCCCAGGCACCUGUUUUUGGAACAGCUUCGUAAGCUCAGCGUCCGAGAAGAUUCGUGCACGCUGUGUUUCGACAUGAAAGGCACAAUCAGAAUAGAACCAUGCAAACAUCGAGGAUUCUGUACGAACUGUGCCAGCCAAUUACAGUAUUGUCCAAUGUGCCGGGGCGAGAUUAUUGCUACGGUGCAGGAGGAAUUAGAUAGCCCGUCGUCAGAAGAAUUCAUUACAUGAUACUAAUCGUUUCUGCACGAUCGGUACGAGAUAUGGUUUUAGAGACGGAUUUAUUCUGACGAACGUCUUACCUGACAUACAUAAUGGAUUUUUGUCUGUUUGAGAUUUUAAGAAAAUGUAAAAAUGUGUAAAUAGAAGUUUCGUGUUGCGAUGUCUUCCUUCUAUGCAUGGAAUACGUAGUAUAACCAUUCAUAAACAGUAUGAUGCAUCGAAUCGACUUUUAACCCCAGUUUCUAGUUCGUAUUUAUCCCAUGGAUUUAAUAACUUAUAGGCAAAGCGAGUGAGCUUUUAUUGAAAGUCACAAAAAAAAGUGUUAUGUUCAGCAGUCUGUUUGCCAUUGUUUUUAGUUUUUAAUCGAAGUUGUUUUAGUUUAUGGAAUUAACAAACGAAAACACAACACACUGAGAAACUAUUUUUCUAUAUUCAGGAAAGUGGAAUUGAGUUCCGCACUUCAAGUGAAAUGAAUUGAGUUUAUCUGAAGCAGCUUUAUUAACUAAGUGACUGAUAUUUUUAUAUUGAAAAGUUCAAAUUGAUUCCCUAGCUGUAGCUGAAACUAAAAAUACAAAAUGGAAAACAAUAAAACAGGAAGAAAAAA